AUGGCUAAGUUCAGUUCAGUGCUUAUUGGGCUGCUGCUCAGCAUUUUGAGCUGCUUGGCAGCCGCUGAUCUUCGCGCUGAUCUGCGUGAUUUUAUGGCGCUGGUGCCGCGUCGUCGCAUCGGUCAUAUAGCGGCGCGAUACUAUAUCUUCGAUCCGAAGUUUCGGCAAGCCGUAGAGUUUCUGCGCAGCGAUGAGUUCGCCAAGACCUGGCGGCAAAUGCGCAUGGCGCCGGACUUUGCCGAUCUGAUCGACUACGUCACGGAGUCCGGCUCCGGCUACGAUGUGAGCAGCGUGGUGGACAAGCUGCCCAAUCGCCUGCGUAUCUUUCAGCUGUCGCGUGUAGUGCCCGUGGAUAUGAUGCUGCGCCGCGACUUGACCACAUUCCUGCACGAGGCACUCCAAAGUCUGCCGCGUGCUCAGUUCUACGGCUUGAUGGUGCGCAAGGUGCGCGAGGGCGGAGACUUUGCCAAACUAUACAAGGCACUGCGAGACAGUGAGUUCAGGGAGCUGGUGAACACGGCUCGGCACGCAAAGGACUUGCAGACGCCGCUGAGCAAGCUGAGCAAAAAGCACAUCAAUGUGGAUGAAAUCAUACAAAUCGCGUUUGAGUUGAUAAGUUGGGGCCCGCAGGUACGCUGA